AUGGAGGCCGAUAUCAGAGCUGUGCUGCCGCACAUCGACCCCGUAGUCUCCGAGUACUCUGUGGGCUACCUGACCCAUGCGUCAACUUCCUACCUGGACGAGGAGGAUGCAUCUGGCGAGUCACCACUGAACGAGGCUGCUUCUACCAUCACCGAGCUCCUACUGUCUGCAUCUGGCCAAGUUAAUGCUGAGCUGGAGGAGAAGAUCAAACAAUUGGUCGAGAAAUGGGUUGACAAGUACACAGAGGCCAAUGGAGGCCAGAGACGAGGACCUUCGACUGUCAAGCGUCUAGACCAGACUAUCCAGGUGAGCCAGCAGCGCAACAUGUCGUCCACUCUAGCUGUGGCGACCGGUGGCGUGGACCUGGAGUCUGCAAACGCAAGGAAGGUUGAAUCGAAGGUCGAUCGCAAGAAGCUUGAGAAAGCAGAGAGAAAGAUUGCCGCCAAGCAGCAGAAGAAGACCUUCAAGACAGUCGAGUACGAGGCAUCCAAGCUGCUUGACCAACCCGAGUCGACCCAGUCAUACGAAGAGUUCUAUAUGGCUGUCAACCCUCUGCAAAUGGGCUCCAGCUCCGCAAACAAGUCAAAGGAUAUCAAAUUGGACAACAUAGAUGUGUCAAUCAGUGGAAACCGCAUUCUUACAGACACAACGCUCACUCUCGCAUAUGGCCACCGCUAUGGUUUGGUUGGUAACAACGGUGUUGGUAAAUCAACACUGCUUCGAGCUCUGUCUCGCCGUGAGGUCGCAAUUCCACUCCACAUAUCCAUUCUGCAUGUUGAACAAGAAAUUACUGGUGACGACACCCCAGCUAUCCAGGCGGUUCUCGACGCCGAUGUUUGGCGCAAGGUUCUAUUGAAGGAGCAAGAUCAAAUCACGGCUCGCCUGGCAGACUUGGAGAAGCAACGUGCUUCUCUGGCCGACACAUCUGCUGAUGCGGCCAGAAUUGAUCGUGAUAGAGAGGCCCAGGAUACCAAGUUGGGAGAUGUUCAGUCCAAGUUGGCCGAAAUGGAGUCAGACAAGGCCGAGUCACGAGCUGCUAGUAUUCUUGCUGGUCUUGGUUUCUCGCCAGAGCGACAGCAGCACGCCACCAAAACCUUCUCUGGUGGUUGGAGAAUGCGUCUGGCCCUUGCCCGAGCACUGUUCUGUGAACCUGACUUGCUUCUUCUUGACGAACCGUCUAACAUGUUGGACGUUCCUUCGAUUACAUUCUUGUCCGAGUACCUUCAAACAUACCCCAGCACCGUCCUCGUGGUCUCUCACGACAGAGCGUUCCUCAACGAAGUCGCCACCGAUAUCAUUCAUCAACACUCUCAGCGUCUCGACUACUACCGUGGAGCCAACUUUGAUACCUUCUAUGCUACCCGUGAGGAGCGUAAGAAAGUCGCCAAACGAGAAUACGAGAACCAGAUGGUCCAGAGAGCCCAUCUGCAGGCAUUUAUCGACAAGUUCAGGUAUAACGCCGCCAAAUCUUCAGAAGCCCAGUCCCGUAUCAAGAAGCUGGAGAAGAUGCCGGUCCUUGAACCCCCAGAGGCUGAGUACAGCGUCAAGUUCACAUUCCCCGAGGUCGAGAAGCUAUCGCCCCCUAUUGUACAGAUGUCUGAAGUCACUUUUGGUUACAACAAAGACAACAUCUUGCUGCGCAAUGUUGACCUGGACGUCCAGCUGGAUUCCCGAAUUGGUAUCGUCGGACCCAACGGUGCGGGUAAGACAACUAUCCUGAAGCUCCUCAUUGGUAAGCUGGAUCCUUCUUCUGGUCUGAUCUCGCAACACCCUCGUCUCCGAAUUGGAUUCUUCGCUCAGCAUCACGUCGAUGCCCUCGACCUCAACGACAGUGCUGUGGGUUUCAUGUCAAAGAAUUAUCCGGGACGAACGGAUGAAGAAUACCGCCGACGACUUGGCGCCUUCGGUAUCACCGGCACAACGGGCCUACAGAAGAUGGGAUUACUUUCUGGAGGUCAAAAGUCUCGUGUUGCUUUUGCUUGCCUAGCCCUUACGAACCCCCACAUUCUGGUUCUUGACGAACCUUCUAACCAUCUUGAUAUUGAAGCCAUGGAUGCUUUGGCCGAAGCGCUCAACGAAUUCCAGGGUGGUGUGCUGAUGGUGUCCCACGACGUCACAAUGUUGCAGACGGUGUGCAAAUCGCUGUGGGUUUGUGAUGGAGGCACUGUCGAGAAGUUCCCUGGCGAUGUUCAGGCGUACAAGAAGAGGAUUGCCGCGCAAGCUAAUGCUGCAGGUGUUGUUAAGCAGCAUUAA